AUGCCAGGUAACACAACUGCCAACCUGACCUCUACAAGUGUGACCUUUGUUCGUCCUGCAACAUUCUUCAUCAGUGGCUUUUCUAAUCUCCCACAUGCAAAAUACUACUAUGUGUUCUUGUGUUUUGUCUAUUUUGUGACUGUUUUAGGAAAUUCAUUUAUCAUGUGUGUCAUUUAUUUGUCCCGCAGACUUCACACAGCCAAAUACAUUGCUGUCUUUCAUCUGGCUUUUUCUGAUCUCUGUGGAAGCUCAGCUGUGAUUACAAAACUUAUAGACAUGUUUUUAUUUGGUCACCAGGAGAUUUCGUAUGAAGCAUGCUUGAUGAAUAUGUUUUUUGUAUUUCAUUUAAUGAAUUUACAAUCAAUGUCAUUACUCGUCUUGGCUUAUGACAGAUUAGUUGCUAUUUGUUUUCCUCUAAAGUACCAUGCAAUCAUUACAAAAAAAUCUAUAUCACUCAUUUUAGGCAAUAUGUGGCUUUUUUCUAUUAUUUUUUUUGCUACACUUGCGGGUUUAGUAAACAGACUGUCUUUUUGUAGAUCAACUGUGGUCAGUAGCCAUUUCUGUGAUCACGGCCCUGUUAUCAGCCUUUCUUGUAAUAGUAAUUUUAUAAAUUAUCUCAUGGCAUAUAUUUCAUUUGGCCUUCUUAUUUGCAUGCCUAUGGUACUGAUAACCAUCUCAUACUGUUGCAUUGCUGCGGCUUUAUUUAAGAUUGCUCAUGGCGCUGAUCGAAUCAAAGCUAUGAAAACCUGCACCUCGCAUCUCAUGCUAGUGGCAAUUUUAUAUCUCCCGAUUUUAAGUUUAAAUAUUAAAUCCAUUGCAGUAUCUAUUGAUCCAAACUCUCGGAUAAUUAACAAUUCUCUAACGCAAAUACUACCACCUAUGCUGAAUCCCAUUAUAUACACUCUAAAGACAGAAGAGGUCAUGCAAGCCAUAAAAGAAAUGUACCGACGCCGUCGAAAGGUGAACACUAUUAUGGAACAAAAUGUGAAACUGAGAAAAUAA